CUCUUCAGGCAAAAUAUGACGCACAAGUCUUCCAGUGCGAUCAAAUCCAUUUAUUUUCUGUAUUUUGAGGUUUUUAAGUAAAGUAUUGUAUCAUUUACUAAAUUCCCUCCAUUCUGUGAGUAUCAAAAGUACCUGCCAUGUUUUAAGCUGGACUUUAAAGUCAUAGACUUUUACUCAGUGUGCAGGUGGAGCCACCAUGGGAGGCACAACAAGUACAAGGCGAAUUAGUGUUUCAAAUGAAGAGCCAACAGGUGUAAUCAAGAUAUCUGAUUCUGUGGUUCACCGGAUCCGUAAUGAGCUUCAAAACCAGUCAUCCGAAGAGCCAAAGUCCCGUGAGGAGUCAAAGGCGGCCCCUCCGCCUCCGCCGCCGCCGCCGCCGCCUCCCCCAGCACCGGUAGCGCCCCCGCCGCCUCCCCCGCCGCCGGCCGCCCCGGUGAUGCCGGAGCGGCGCACUCUGCCUCCCCCUCCGCCGGCGCCGGGUCGCUACUCGGAGGAGGCCUACAUCUCGUUGAUGAAGCUGCGUGAAGAGAAGGACGCCGAGCUGCGCAAGAUGGAGCAGACGUGGCGCGACAAGAUCAAUGAUAUGGAGAAGCGUCACGCCGAGCAGCACGGCCUGACCACGGAGGCGUUCCACCGCACCCUGGCCGAGGUGCAGGGACUCUUCCUCAAGGCCUCGACCACGCCCAUCUGCCAGGACGGCCAGGAGCGCGUUAUGAACUGCUACUCGGACAACCCCAAGCAGAGUUUGAAGUGCGCCAAGGAGGUGCAGCAGUUCUCAGAAUGUGUCGAUCUUACUCGCCUGAACCGUCUAAUGAGAUGAAGUUCACCCCCGUGCGCCGGGAUUUAGACCGUGGCGGCUGACGAUGCCGUUUUGGGUGUGACAGUGACAACUAUGUGUUGCGGCGUGCUGCUGAAAAGCCGGCGCCGGGUGAUAUAUUCGACUGAUUCAGUUGAAAUACAGACGCAAUUAUUACUCAUU